CGCUGACUCGUUAGGACCAAAGAGAAAGAAAAAACAACAACGGAAGCGGUAUAUACAAACUAUAAACAAUCAUGUUUGGGGUCUCUGGGAAAAACAAACCUGUGAAAAUUAGAGGUUUCGGUGGAAACCUGAAAUACGGCAUUGCAGCGAAAGAUCUAAAGGAGCUGCUUAAAAAGGGCUGCAAUUUAUUACAGCUGCCGCUCUCUGGUGCUCGUGUUUGUUUAUACGAGGAUGGGACAAUAGUGACCGAGGAGUUCUUCUCCACCCUGCCAGAUAACAGUGAAUUAGUUCUUCUGUCAAAACAGCAGACGUGGACAGGAGUCAUGUGUGACAUCGGUCAGUUACUGAACACAGACAGACAUGCUGAUGCCCUGAUCCAAGCCGCAAAAGGACUUCUGUCUGAUGAAAACUCUUCAAAGAGACGUAAAAUCCUGAGUGACCUGCUGCAGAACCUGGAGGACAGGUCUGAGCUGGAGAGCAGAGAGGAGGAUGCAGACUGGUUCAGUGGUGUUGACACUCGAUUCAAAACAAAAUCUGCCUACAUGAAGUUCAACUGUGAAAGCAGGAUACGGGGCUACAUGAAAGAGCUGGACGAUGCAACCAGAUCCAUACAGAAAGCCAAAGUCAAGGCAGAGUUUUUAAAAGCAUCCAAGUGCCUGUUGGAGAUGCUGAAAAGCGCCAGGUACAACGGCAGCUACUUCGACAGGACCGAAAAGGAGCCGGAGCGCCUCUGCACUCGUGAAGGAUGGUUCACCUGCCAGGGAUCAUUUGACGUGAAGCUGUGCCAGUCGCUCCACUCCAUCAACCCCUACGGCAGCCGGGAGAGCAGGAUCGUCUUCAGCACUUGGAACCUUGACCACAGAAUUGAGAAGAGGAGGACAAUUAUACCCAGUCUGCUGGAAGCUCUGCAGAAUCACAGCAGCUCUGACAUCAACCUGAACUACUUCUACCUGAUGCUGUUCACCAGGGAAAACCUGAAACUGGUCCACAUCGUCUGCCACAAGAAGGGAGCUCACAACCUGUCCUGUGACACAAAAAAGAUCUAUCGGACCGCUGCCCAUGCAGACAGAGCUAAACAAAAACCCAAAGAGAAGAAAAGACGCUUGAUUUAAACCAGAACACGUUUUUAAUCUGUUCAAGCCGUCAGAUCAAAUCAACAAGUCAUCCAGAAAUCACGUGAAACAGAAGAGCGUUCUGUAAAAAAGCACUUAAACGUUGUAAUCAUGGAAUACAUUUAUAUCUAGCCCACACUGGCACAGAGACGUGGAAUAUACGGACGGAUUAUGAAGGCUGCUUGACGAGUAAGACAUUCAGUCAGUCAAAGCUGCAUACUUUUGACAGUGUAUCUAUAAAUAAGGCAGUACAUUAUAUACAAGAUGUUAUCACCAGAACAAUCAGCUAUAUACAAAAUACAACAGGCUGGACCAGUGCAACUGCUGGUCAGCUUGUCAGGGUUUAAUCAGGUUUGUUAGCGACAGAUUACUCAAAAACUAGAUUUUUAAAUCGAUCUUUUUUAUCUGAUACUUUAUAUAUUUUUCUCUAUAAACAAACAUGUCAUUGAAAAUUAGCUGCACAGAUGUUUUUACAGAUGUUUCUGCCAAAAACCUUUGAGGAUGGAGUUUAGACACUUGGUGAACAAUGUUUGGCCAAAACAUCUGAUUUUUCAAAAUAAAAGCUUCUUUUACAGAUGUUC